AUGCAGGCCUACCUCGCCGUCGUCGCUAUUCUUGGAUGUGUCUGCCAGCAGGCAACCUCCGAGUGUCCAGCCGGCCCGUCGGUUCCGACCCAGUACAUUAUUGGGCCCGCGAUCGCUGACUCGUGCCCAACCGGAUACGAUUGCAUUAAGAUCGAUGGAGCAGGACAGUGCGUUGACCACAAGGUCGCAUCGUGCAAAGACGCCAGCAACAAUUGCGCCAACUGGGCCAAGACCGGCUACUGUACCGAUCCAUUCUAUGAGAAGACGAGGGCCACCACGUGCCCCUACACUUGCAAGCUGUGCACCGCGUCUACUUGUGUUGACAAGAGCAACAACUGCGCCACCUGGAUCAAGAACAGCAACUUCUGCAACAGCGCCAACUAUGAUCUGGCGGCCAAGAAGGACAACUGCCAGAAGUCGUGCAACCUGUGC